AUGACUGUAGCAGACUAUGAAAAAUUAAUCCCAUCAGUGUAUUUGAUGAUAAGUCCAAAUAAAUCUAAUGAUGAGCUGCGAACAGAAAAGUUAGCGAUUUUUGUACAUCCCCAAUGGUCUCUUGGCACAUCUUCGCUUACGCAUAUGCAAGACUUGAAAAGCUUUAUUUCGAAUUCUCAAUAUAAUGAUGUGCUGAAAACAAAUGGAAUGGUCCGACCAAUAUGGAUUUUAUUGGUAGACGGAGAGCUGGAUGAGAAUCCUAAACACUUAAAAAAUAUCAAAGCCUAUU